CACAUGUUUCUUUCGCGCUUUAUCUCUUAUAGUUUCGGCCAUCUUCUUCAUACCAAAAAUCAAUCGCCGGAGAUCGGAACCUGCUCGAACCGGUAGAAAUGGCUUCGCUCGGUUUCCACCUCGGAUUCUCCUUCUCCGGUGUGAAAAUUCAGCAGAAUCGACAAGUUUCCGCAACCGGAAGAGCUCGCGUUAUCUCCUGUUGUUCCUCUUCUUCUUCAGAAGCAUCUCCGCAGGGGAUCUCUGCCACGACGCCUCCUCCUGAGAUAGAGCUCGAGUUCUUCGGUCCGAAGCCUGGAAGCGACGGGACGUAUCCGAGGGAUAAAGCGAAAGCUGUGAGCGGCGAGAAGCUUCUGAGAAGCAUUAUGCAAGAUAAUAAACUCGAGCUUUACGCUACUUACGGGAAAGUGAUGAACUGUGGAGGUGGAGGAAGCUGUGGAACUUGUAUUGUUGAGAUUCUUGAUGGGAGAGAACUUCUGAACGAGAGAACAGAUACAGAAAACAAGUAUCUGAAAAAGAAGCCUGAAUCUUGGAGGCUCGCGUGUCAAACAAUAGUAGGGAACAAAGAAAACUCUGGAAAGGUUGUGGUUCAGCGGAUUCCGCAAUGGAAGAAGUGAAUUUCCCUUGUAAGUGUAAUGUUUCUCAAUUCGUUUAUCAGUUCGUAUUGAAGAGAGUGCCAUAUGUAUGUCGUCCCAUACUAGUUUUCUGUUUGUAUAUCUCCAAAAACUGUUUCUUGUAGAUGGCAAUAGUCAUAUACAUAUGAGAUAAACU